AAGUUCAUAACUACACCGCCAAUGUAUACCUUUGUAUAUAUCUUUGCCUGUCUCUUACAAGCUUUUCAGUCAUAAUCCUCCGAUAUCAGUUUCUUUUUAUUCCUAUGGAAUUCCAUGGCAGAAAAACUGGUCAUUGCUACAUGGAUAACGAAAGCAAUCCAUUGCAAUCUCCUUCUCGGCUUUCGAUUCGAACUCACCUUGAUAUGUAUGACCAAGAUCCCCAGUUCAGCCCCGGAAGACCACCGAGCCCUCGAUCAAGUGCCUCUGCUUUGCAGUUGAUGUUGCCACCUGGUAGUCCUGAAACACCAUGGACACUCUCUCCUCUUCAAACGCCGUCCCCUGCUCUCCUCUACCAUUGCGUUGCUUCUCUUCAUCGACAAGACGGAAAUAUCCACUCGAUUGCAAUCUCGAAAGGGUUGGUUUUCACUGUCUCUGAUAGCAAACGUAUCCGAGUAUGGAGGCAGCCUGAAUGCAUCGAGCGGGGUUGUAUCAAGACAAGUUCCGGUGAAAUCCGGGCCAUUUUAGCUUACGGUAACAAGCUUUUCACCGCGCAUAGAGACUGCAAGAUCAGGAUUUGGAACUACACCGUUUCCGAUAGUUUCGGGUACAAAAAGAUCUCAACACUCCCGAAGAGAAGCUCGUUUCUUUUGUUCCCUAAGACAAGCAGCCAACAACAUAAAGAUUGUGUUUCUUGCAUGGCUUAUUACCACGCCGAAGGGCUGUUGUACACUGGUUCAUAUGAUAGAACAGUUAAGGCAUGGCGGCUCGUAGAUAACAAAUGUGUGGACUCAUUUGUGGUUCAUGAAAGCAAAGUUAAUGCCAUAGUGGUUAACCAAGAUGAUGGGUGCGUUUUCACUUGUUCAUCUGAUGGAUCAGUGAAGAUAUGGAGAAGGUUAUAUAGAGAAAAUUCCCACACUUUAACCAUGACACUCCGGUUCCAACAAUCACCCGUUAAUGCCAUGGCAAUAAGCUCGACAUUUAGCAAUUGUUUUCUCUAUUCAGGUUCAUCCGAUGGCACUGUAAACUUUUGGGAGAAAGAAAAAACAUCCGGUAGGUUCAAUCAUGGCGGGUUCUUACAGGGUCAUCGGUUUUCGGUUCUUUGUUUAGUGGCUAUUGAGAAGUUGAUAUUCAGUGGCUCGGAAGAUACGACGAUCAGGGUGUGGAGAAGAGAGGAAGGGAGUUGUUUUCAUGAAUGUUUGGCAGUGCUUGAUGGACAUCGAGGGCCUGUUAAAUGCUUGGCUGCUUGUUUACAAAUGGAGAAAAUUGUGAUGGGGUUUUUGGUUUACAGUGCUAGUUUGGAUCAAACUUUCAAGGUUUGGAGGGUCAAAGUCAUGCCUGAAGAGCAAACUUGUUUCGAUUUUGCAGAUCGUAAUGAUUCGAAGACGAAGACGAAGACGGAAUAUGAGAUGAGUCCCGUGUUGUCUCCUUCGUGGGUUGAGAAGAAGCUUCGAGGUAAUCUUUUCCAGUAAAUUUAAGACAAUAUUUAUGUUGGUAGUUCAGUUUGGUUGUUCUUACGUUAGUUCUUUUGUAAUGCUUAGAUUUCAACUUAGAUAAGCCUUGGAAUCAGUAUUAAGGCAAUCGUUUUCAGGGGGUCAUCUCACUAAAUUAGCUGUUUUCGUAUUUUUUCAUGUAUUUGAAGGAUCUUACUCCAUACUAUUGUCGGAACAUUCGACGAUUAUAGAUGUCAAG